CCAUCCUCACGUGCAGCUCGCACCACCUUUGUGAUUACCUUCUCCCGUUCACCGUCAGAGUUCUGCAAGCGCUGCCGUCAGCUAGCCACAUGGCCGCCGCACGGACGUAUGUCGACUUCGUGCCGUCACACGACCUCGUCGAGGACAACCGCAAGCAUACCCUCGUCGUCAACCUCCCAGGGUUCAAGAAGGAGCACCUGAGGGUGCAGAUCGACAACUACGGCCGGCUGAGGAUCAGCGGCGAGCGGCCGCUCGAGGGCGGCCAGUGGAGCCGGUUCCGCAAGGAGUUCCAGGUCCCCGAGGGCUGCGACGCCAGCGGCAUCCGCGCCAGGUUAGAGAAGGACGACGUCCUCCACGUCACCAUGCCCAGGCUCACGCCCCUCCAGGACGAACCAAAGGCCGCGGCGGACGCUGCCGCCGAGGCAGAAGCUGCGCGGCUCGCCGCCGCUGCGGCAGAAGAGAAGAAGCGCCAGGAGGAGAUGGAGGAGGACGCGAGGAAGCGUCAUGCGGGUGACGAGGACGGCCACGCCACCGACGAAGGCGAAGGCGCACGCCAGGCGGCGUCUGCCGGUGGGCAGGCGUACGGCUUCGCCAGGGACCGGAGCAGGAGCGGGAUGGUGCGGGCACUCCUCCUCGCCGUGGCGGUGGCCUUGGUCGGCGCUGCUGGCCUGUAUGCUCGGUACAGGUGGAUGGAUCCGUCGGCUGAGACGGCGCCGGCAGGUGGUGCCAUCUUUGGUCACUCUGAUUAUUGAUCACCAACACCGUAAGCAUUCGUUCACACCGGUGAAGAUAAGAUGACUGAAAAAGCAAUGGCGAAGAUGCGGGGCUACAAGAGCUGCCUGAAAUACUACGUGUAAAUACGAUCUCACUGCUGUAACUUACACAUUCAAUUGAUGGUUGUACUUCGGUCUGGAUAAAAAGCUCGAAGCCUGCGAGCUAAACGAGUAGCUCGUGACUUGGCUCGAACUCGAAGAAUAACGAGUCGAGCCGAGCUUUAUUUUAAGAUUGUUUAUAGACCAUGUUAAA